GUGUUUGUUCUUCGCCAAAUAAGUCUUGCGCUCCACAAUUAAGUCUGUCGUGUAAGCGCGAAUUGUUGGUUCAGCGUGCAUUGCAAUCAUGGCUAAUACUGCGAAAAUUUCUCUGAAGCGAAAGUUUAUAAAAGCCGGAGUUUUCAAGGCUGAGUUGGAUGAGUUCCUAAAACGUGAAUUGGCUGAUGAUGGAUACAGCGGUUUCCAAGUGCGCGAAAGCCGUAAAUACACAGAAGUUAUUAUACUAGCUACGAAAACACAAAGUGUUCUCGGCGAGGGUUCAAGGCGUAUCCGAGAGCUCACAUCAGUUUUGCAAAAGCGUUUCGGAUUCCCUGAUGGGACUUUGGGACUGUUUGCAGAAAAAAUGACCUUCCGUGGUCUGAGUGCUAUCGCACAAGCAGAGUCUCUCAGAUACAAGCUUACAUACGGUCUGCCUGUUCGAAAGGCGUGUUAUGGUAUCUUGCGUUUCAUCAUGGAAUCCGGAGCAAGGGGUGCAGAGGUGGUUGUUUCCGGUAAAAUAAAGGGUCAAAGAGCUAAAGCCAUGAAGUUUUGUGAUGGUUUAAUGAUUCACUCUGGUGACCCCGUCAACUACUACAUUGACAGAGCUGUUCGCCACGUGCAGCUUCCACAAGGUAUACUAGGAAUCAAAGUGAAAAUUAUGUUGGAUCAUGAUAGUUCUGGCAAAAAGGGUCCACGGAAACCACUGCCUGACUCAGUUACAAUUCUGGCCGCUAAAGAAGAAGUACUGCCAACUGCUCCCUAUUCUGAAAACAAAAUGUAA